AUGCUGCACAUCGCCAUCCUCGACAUCGACGUCCCCGUCCCAGCCGUCUAUGCCGCCCGCGGCCUCUACAGCUCGCAGUUCCGCACCCUACUGCAGUCCGCCGCCUCACGACUCAACCUGUCCGCAUCAGACAUCCACACAACAGCCUUCGAUGUAGUAGGCGGCUCACUCCCACCACUCCAAGCCCUCCGGACCUCCCCACGGCCAACGGAAAAUGGAGUCGACGCGGGAAGCCUCAACCCGCUCGCCCUCCCCAUAGACGCCAUCCUCAUCACGGGCGCCGCAGCAGCCGCAUACGAAUCGGCAAAGUACUCCUGGAUCGUCCCGCUGCAGAGCUUCGUGCAGACGGUCUUCGCGUCGUACCCGCACGUCAAGCUAUUUGGGUCUUGCUUCGGCCACCAGAUCAUCGGGCAGGGGCUGCUGUCGUCGCAGGCACCGAACAGGUCACCGCCGCAACCACCGAGUGUCGUUGUUGAGCAGAGCCCGCGGGGCAGGGAGACGGGGCUGACGUCUAUCAAGAUUACGCCGGAGUUUGCGGGCGCGUUCACGGUGCUCUCGAAGCACCUCCCUGUGCCUAGCGACAUGCGCUUACAGAUGAUUCACGGCGACUGGGUGGCUCUCCUGCCUGGGGUUGAGAGGUUGCCGGAGCCCUGGGUGAAUGUGGGAUCGACGGAGCUGUGUCCUGUGCAGGGGCUGUACUACCCUGGGAGGGUGUUGACGUAUCAGGGGCACUUUGAGUUCGAUGUAUUUGUGAACUCGGAGACUUGUAAGGAGUUUGGGAGGAGGAGUGGUUGGGACGAGGCCGAGGUGGAGAGGAUGCUGGCCUUGAUUGGGAGGGGGAGGGUUGAGGGGGUUGUCGAGGACGUUGACGAUGCGAAGGUCGCGGCGGAGGUUGUGCUCUUGUUCUUCUUGGAUUGA